ACAGCUACUGGAUCUGCAAGCAUUCUUAAACGAGCAUCCUGGUAUAAAGAACACCUCUGGCAGUCAUGAGGAACAAAGGGCUGAAGACGCAGUCCUGAAGAUUGAUGGAGGGCCAUGCUCUUCAAACAGCAGGCAUUGCUGAGACAGAAGCUCUUCGUUCUGGGCAGCCUCGUGAUCGGAAGCGUCCUCUAUCUAGUGGCCAGGGUUGGGACUUUGGAUAGGCUUCAACCAAUUUGCCCCAUUGAGAGCAGAUUUCACCCCCCUGAGCCGGAGCAAAUCCCUCUCCGAACGCUGCAGUUCAAACGCGGGCUGCUCCAUGAAUUACGUAAGGGCAAUGCCACCAAAGAUCAAAUACGCCUUCACAACCUGGUCCAGCAGCUGCCUCGGGCCAUCAUCAUUGGAGUCCGGAAGGGCGGCACCCGCGCCCUGCUGGAAAUGCUCAACCUCCAUCCGGCUGUCGUCAAGGCUUCGCAGGAGAUUCACUUCUUUGACAAUGACAAAAACUACGCCCGGGGCAUUGACUGGUACAGGGGUAAAAUGCCCUUCUCCCUCCCUCACCAGAUCACCAUCGAGAAGAGCCCUGCCUAUUUCAUCACGGAGGAGGUUCCCGAGCGCAUUUUCAAGAUGAACUCCUCCAUCAAGCUGCUGAUUAUCGUCCGAGAGCCCACCACCCGGGCCGUGUCCGACUACACCCAGGUACUCGAGGGCAAGGAGCGCAAGAACAAGACUUACUACAAAUUCGAAAAUCUGGCCAUUGAUGCCAACACCUGCGAAGUAAACACCAAAUACAAAGCAGUUCGGACAAGCAUCUACACAAAACACCUGGAGCGCUGGCUCAAGUACUUCCCCGUGGAGCAGUUCCAUAUAGUGGACGGGGAUCGCCUCAUUACAGACCCGCUGCCUGAGCUGCAGCUGGUUGAGCGCUUCCUCAACCUUCCCUCCAGAAUUAGCCAGUAUAACCUGUACUUUAAUGCCACCAGGGGAUUUUACUGUCUGCGAUUUAACAUUGUCUUCAACAAGUGCCUGGCAGGCAGCAAGGGCCGCAUCCAUCCGGAGGUGGACCUGUCAGUAGUGACUAAACUGCAGAAGUUCUUCCACCCAUUUAAUCAAAAGUUUUACCAGAUAACAGGAAGAACAUUUAAUUGGCCAUAAAAUGUAGUUUUCAUAAAAAACAAUAAAGACAAUAGUCUCAUAAGGUAACAGCACUUUGUUU